AUGGAAUUAUCUCCUGAAGGCCUGGCAGCUGCGGCGGCGACGCGUCAAGCUGCGCGGAAGCGGCAGCAGGAUGCCAAGGAGGACGGCGCUGGGGAUGGCCCUGUCUCCCCUCAGUCCGAGCAGCCGGCCAAACGCCUUCAGGCCAUCGGUGGUCGUCCGCCAUCAACUUGCACGCAUGAGGUUGCUGUGCCGGAAGGAUUUGACGAAUCCACCCUCAAACACGACCCGGAGGUCCAUGGCACCCUCCAUGAACCCAUUUACAAAGGCUCCCGCGCCAAGGAGUAUCCCUUCGUUCUGGACCCAUUUCAGGAGACCAGUAUAGCAUGCCUGGAGCGACACGAGUCGGUCCUGGUGUCAGCGCAUACGUCGGCGGGCAAGACUGUGGUUGCUGAGUAUGCCAUUGCCAUGGGCUUUCGGAGCAACCAGAGGGCUCUGUCCAACCAGAAAUUCAGAGAGCUGUCGGAGGCGUUUGCAGGCGAUGUGGGUCUCAUGACGGGCGAUGUGAGCCUCAACCCGAAUGCCUCAUGCAUCGUGAUGACCACGGAGAUCCUGCGCUCCAUGAUUUACCGGGGCAGUGAGCUGCUCCGAGAGGUGGCCUGGGUGGUGUUCGACGAGGUCCACUACAUGCAGGACCGGGAGCGCGGCGUGGUGUGGGAAGAGACCAUCAUCUUCCUGGACCACCGCACCAAGAUGGUAUUCCUUUCCGCCACGCUUUCGAAUAGCUCCCAGUUCGCUGCCUGGGUGGCCCACCUGCACAAGUCACCAUGCCAUGUGGUGUACACAGACUACCGGCCAACACCGCUGCAGCACUACGCAUACCCAUCGGGCGGCAGAGGACUGUACUUACUGCUAGACGAGCGGGGCAAUUUCAGGACGGAGAAUUUUGACAAGCUCCGGGAGAGUCUCUCCAUGACGGCCAUCAAGUUCCAGAAUUGGGAGCCCGUCAUCUUCUUCUCCUUCGCCCGCAGGGACUGCGAGUCGUACGCCAACGCGCUGCUUGCGCGGAAGGAAGUCCGGGGAAAGGGGGGAGAUCCGGACCGGGAGCGGGAGAAAGAGCUGCUGUUCGAUUUCAACACCGAGGACGAGAAGUCGCAAGUGGAGGAGAUUUACGACAACGCGUUGCAGUGCCUAAGCGAGGCGGACCGGCAGCUCAAGCCCAUCAGCCGUAUGCUGCCGCUGCUUAAACGGGGAAUCGGAGUGCACCAUUCGGGUCUGCUACCCAUUCUAAAGGAGCUCAUAGAAAUCCUCUUCCAGGAGGGGCUGCUCAAGGUGCUGUUCACCACGGAGACCUUCGCGAUGGGUCUCAACAUGCCUGCCCGGUGUGUGGUAUUCACCGCCAUGAGGAAGUGGGACGGCGCGGAGAGCCGCUGGAUCAGCUCGGGAGAGUACAUCCAGAUGUCGGGACGAGCUGGCCGUCGCGGUAUGGACGACCGCGGUUUGGUGGUCAUGAUGCUGGAUGCGGAGCUGGAGGAGCAGACGUGCAGGGCCAUCAUGCAGGGCAAGCCCUCCCCGCUGCUGUCCUCCUUCAAACUGACCUACUACACCAUGCUCAACAUGUUGCGACGCCUGGAGGGCAGUGACACGGGCACCAUGGAGUACGUCAUCCGCCACUCCUUCCAGCAGUUCCAACAGGAAAGCCAGCUGCCAAAGCUGGAGCGCGAGUUGGCUGAUUUGGAGGCGGAGAUGGCGGCCCUGGGUCGAGAGGGCGAGGAGGCGAUGGCGGCAUACCAGCGCCUGCGCACCGAAAUCGCGGAGGCGGGAACGCAGCUGCAGGCGCUUAUCACGAAGCCAGCGCACUGCCUGACCUUCCUGCGGGCGGGCCGCCUGGUGCGAGUCAGCUCGGGGGGCGUGGACUUCGGCACGGGAGUGGUGGUAUCGGUCCUGCGCCGGCCGGACGCGCCGCCGGCGACGGCGGACGGGGGCGAGGAUGACCGAGACGCCUACCUGGUGGACUGCAUUUUGUCACUAGACGCCUCCUCGCUGCCAGGGCAAGACGGCGGUGGCAGUGGUGAUAGUGGUGGUCCGCAGCCCGCGGCGCCAGGCGCGCCGGGCUCGGUGGCAGAAGUUGUUCCGGUGACGCUGUCUUGCCUGGCGCAGCUGCACAGCCUAAGAAUCAGUCUGCCACCGGACUUGCGACCAGAGGAGGCACGGAGGGGCGUCAUGGUCCAGGUGGGGGAGCUGCUGCGGCGCCACGGCGAGGCGGGGCUGCCCAGGCUGGACCCCAUCGAGGACAUGGAUAUACGCGACCCAGGGUUGUCCGAGGUCAUUGCGCGCAUAGAAGCGCUGGAGGUGCAGCUGCAGCGCAAUCCCGUGUUCAAGGCGGAGAAGGACGCUGCCAAGUUUGCGCCCUACUUGCGCCGCGCCGCGUUGGCGGCCCGCGCGGAGACGCUGCGUGCGGAGAUGCGCACCAGCCAGUUGAGCGCGUUCAAAGAGGAGGCUGCGUGUCGAACCGCAGUCCUGCGGCGGCUGGGGCACAUUGACGCGGAAGGUGUGAUGACCCUGAAGGGCCGCGCCGCAUGCGAGAUCGACACUGCUGACGAGCUGUUGGCUUCGGAGCUGCUUCUCAACGGCACUUUCUCCUCCCUCGAGUCGGCACAGCUGGUGGCUCUGGCGUCGUGUCUAAUCCCGAUGGCAGGGCCGCUGGCGCAGCUGCAGGCGGCUGCUCGUCACAUUGCCGAGGUGAGCCGCGAGUGCAAACUGGACUUGGACCCCGACGAGUACGUGGAGUCCUUCAAGCCGGCCCUGAUGGACGUGAUCUACAGUUGGAGCAAGGGGGCUACAUUUGCCCAGGUGUGCGACAUGACGGACAUUUUUGAAGGGUCGUUGGUCCGAGCGACACGCCGGUUGGACGAGCUGCUGGGGCAGCUGGCUAACGCUGCUGCGGCUGUUGGAGACCACACGCUCGCUGACAAGAUUCGUGAAGCCACCAACACCAUCCGACGAGACAUCAUGUUUGCCGCGUCGCUGUACAUCUGAACUGAACGCGAGUCGGACCCGAACCGUUGACGAACGUACAGAAAACGCAUGGCGAGGCGCACGUACAGAUUGUGCUUUCGCCAUGCGCGUUGGUUCUCUUAGUUGGGGGGUGCGUGGUGGGCCUUGUAUAUAUGGGGGCGGUGCACUGCGGGCCUGGGAGGGUGGGUGAGCAGGUGAGCAGGAGGGCUGACGGUGCUUCGUUUUAAAGUGUUUACAGGUAUUCGUGCACUGAGCUGACACAACAUACCCCGUGAUGCACCAGGUGCUCGUUAGCCUGAUGGGGAAUGCGAAGGGGUUUGCGACACCUGGUAUCGCCGUUGCAGAGGCUCCUGACACAAGCACACAAUCGACAUCUGCGUGAGUUCGUCAGUGCCCACUUGUUUUGUUGGGCUUACCGUUGGACAGGAUAGCGGUUGGAUGGUCUACCCCUGGACGGAUCUGUGGAUGGAUGGUUCCAGGGGCUCGACUGACCAAGCCAGGCAAGGACCCGAGCAGGUGUUUCUGGAAAUUCCACGUUCACAUGCAACACCCAUGCGUCAGAACAGUUCUUGCCAAGCACACAGGCAAUAUGCGGCAGGCAAGCCUGUAUUUACGGUGGUUCGCAACUCUAUUGUGUGGUUUGAACACCACACGAAGGAAUGUAAAAAUGGCCGAG